CACGGGUUCCACGCUAGUUGCGGAUCAUGCCAAUUACGGCCGUUUGUCGCCAUGAAUCUUCUCGUCCAUCUUGGCUAUCAUAAGAACGAGCGGUUGAGAAUUGUGAUUGGCGUGGCGCUCCCCUAAGAUCUCCUAUCGCGUGGGCGGCCACUAGAAAAGUAGAUCCUGCUGACCGAUGCCUCUACGGACAGCUAGAGAUCCCAAAUACAAGCGAAUCCAAGGCUUAUCCAUCUCUCCAAUUUCUCUCACCCAACAAACAACGCUCCCCUCUCCAGCUCAGUCCGAAAUGGCCACCGAAGAAAACAGCAAUGGCGGGCGAGAGACGUGGGCCACGGAUCGGGAGGCAGAGAUGGUGGUGGAGGAGGAGGAGAUGGUGGUGGAGAUGAGCCACCACCGCCGGAGGACGAACAAGAAGGAAACCGAGGAAGGGAAAGGGGAAGAAAGAUCGGAGGACAAAACGAUGUCGAUGGAGAAAGCCUUCGAGGGGAAGCGGGUGCCGACAUGGAGGGAGCAGCUUACGCUGCGGGCUUUCGUGGUCUCCUUCUUCCUCUCGGUGUUGUUUAGCAUCAUCGUGAUGAAGCUCAACCUCACCACCGGCAUCAUCCCCUCCCUCAACGUCGCCGCCGGUCUCCUCGGUUUCUUCUUCAUCAAGACCUGGACCAAAGCCCUCGAGAAGACGGGCCUUCUCCGACUCCCCUUCACCCGCCAGGAGAACACCGUCAUCCAGACCUGCUGCGUCGCCGCCUACGACAUCGCCUUCAGCGGUGGCUUUGGAAGUUACCUUUUUGGUAUGAGCGGAAGAAUUGCCAAACAAGCAUCUGAAGCCAACAAUGAGCAGGACAUCAAAGACCCAAAAUUAGGAUGGAUGAUUGGAUUUCUCUUUGUCGUUAGUUUUCUUGGACUCUUCUCCCUUGUGCCUCUAAGAAAGAUCAUGAUCAUUGACUACAAGCUGAUCUACCCAAGUGGUACUGCAACUGCUUUUCUUAUUAACGGCUUCCACACUCCUGAGGGUGCAAAGCUUGCAAAGAAACAAGUGAGGACAUUGGGCAAGUUCUUCAUCUCCAGUUUUCUUUGGGGAUUCUUCCGGUGGUUCUACACUGCCGGAGAUGAUUGUGGAUUUGCGGCCUUCCCUACAUUUGGUCUUAAAGCUUAUGAAAAUGAGUAACAUGUUUUUCUUUGAUUUCUCGGCAACUUAUGUUGGAGUUGGAAUGAUCUGCCCAUACAUUGUGAACAUAUCUGUUCUCCUUGGAGGCAUCCUUUCAUGGGGAAUCAUGUGGCCUCUUAUAGCUAAUAAGAAGGGCAGUUGGUACCCUGCAGAUAUCCCAUCAAGCAGUCUUCAUAGCUUGCAGGGCUAUAGGGUCUUCAUAGCCAUUGCCAUGAUUCUUGGAGAUGGUCUCUACAACUUCCUCAAGGUCCUAUCUGGAACAAUUUCCUCCAUCAUUUCUAUAGUGCGUAGCAAAGGCUCCACAAGCACUCUUCCUGUCUCAGAUAAUGGUCAUUCUGUCACCACAACUACCACCACAUCCUUUGAUGACCAACGUCGAACAGAAAUAUUUCUUAAAGAUCAAAUUCCAAAAUCAGUCGCAUAUGGGGGUUAUGUUGCAGUCGCCAUUAUCUCCAUUGCCACCCUUCCCCACAUCUUCCCUCAACUGAAAUGGUACUAUGUGUUGGUUUCUUACAUCUUUGCACCGGUAUUAGCCUUCUGCAAUGCCUAUGGUUGUGGCCUCACUGAUUGGUCUCUUGCCUCCACCUAUGGAAAGCUUGCCAUAUUUCUUAUCGGAGCUUGGGCAGGUGCCUCUCAUGGUGGUGUGCUGGCAGGCCUUGCAGCUUGUGGUGUAAUGAUGAGCAUUGUAUCUACAGCUUCAGAUCUCAUGCAGGACUUCAAGACGGGAUACCUGACAUUAGCCUCACCAAGGUCCAUGUUUGUUAGCCAAGUCAUUGGAACAGCAAUGGGUUGUGUGAUUGCUCCAUGUGUUUUCUGGCUUUUCUACAAGGCUUUCAAUGACCUUGGCUUGCCUAAUAGUGAAUAUCCAGCUCCUUAUGCCAUUAUUUACCGGAACAUAGCAAUACUUGGUGUUGAUGGCAUCUCAUCACUACCAAAGCACUGCCUCACUCUCUGCUGCAUAUUCUUUGCUGCUGCUAUUCUCAUUAACUUGAUCAGAGAUUUUUCUCCUAAGAAGGUUGCGAGGUUCAUACCGCUUCCUAUGGCAAUGGCGAUACCUUUCUAUAUUGGGUCAUACUUUGCUAUUGAUAUGUGUGUAGGGAGCUUGAUAUUAUUUGUGUGGGAAAAGAUUAACAAGACGCAGGCAGAUGCAUUUGGUCCUGCAGUGGCCUCUGGCUUGAUAUGUGGUGAUGGGUUAUGGACUUUACCUCAAUCUCUGCUAGCUCUGGCUAAAGUGAAGCCGCCGAUAUGCAUGAAGUUCCUGUCAAGGAAAAUGAAUGACAGAGUGGAUGAUUUCAUUGCUAAGUUAUCAUAGUUUCUUCUUCUUGGACCGAUGAAAAACCAAAAGUAAGAAAUAUAUUCAUGGAUCGACUAGGCAAGCUGCUUAUCAACAAACACUAAAGCACCUAAUGUGGGGGAAUGCAUUGUGUAACUGCUGUUUGAGUCAACUUGUAUUUCAUAUGUUUCAUGUUUCUUAUAAUGUAUGAUUUCUAAACAGAUCAAGUUAUUGGGGGAAAUAAGCUAGAAGUUCUCCUGUCUUGAUAUAUCAAUUGUAAAUGGGUCGGCUAAGUGGAGACAUUACCACAUAUAUGUAAAUAAAGCUGAAGGUUGAAUUUAUUCGAAAGAGCUGUAUA